UUACUUUGCAAGUCUAAGUACUUAUCUUUCCACUGAAUGCUAAAGAUGGGUACCUUGGCACACCGGGGCCGUUGGCCUCAACUAGUAUCCGCAAUAGCAUUUUGCCUCAUAGCCACUAAUGUGGUGGCCAAUGAGCCUUACAUUUAUGCCUCACCACCUCCUCCAUACACCGAACACGAACACGAACACUACUCACCACCAUUGCUGCCAAAGCAUGAUGGACAUGACGGACAUGAUGAGGGACAUGGCGACGGACCAUAUUGGUACAAGUCACCUCCUCCGCCAUUGAAAUCCCCUCCUCCUCCUCCAUCACCAUCUCCACCACCUCCUUACAUUUACAAGUCUCCACCCCCACCAUCACCAUCACCACCGCCUCCAUAUGUUUACAAGUCACCACCUCCUCCAUCACCAUCUCCUCCACCACUUUAUGUUUACAAAUCACCACCCCCACCAUCACCAUCACCAUCACCACCUCCUCCAUAUGUUUACAAGUCACCACCUCCUCCAUCGCCAUCUCCUCCACCUCCUUACGUUUAUAAGUCACCACCCCCACCAUCCCCAUCACCGCCUCCUCCAUAUGUUUACAAGUCACCGCCUCCUCCAUCACCAUCUCCUCCACCACCUUAUGUUUACAAAUCACCACCCCCACCAUCACCAUCACCACCUCCUCCAUAUGUUUACAAGUCACCGCCUCCUCCAUCGCCAUCUCCUCCACCUCCUUACGUUUAUAAGUCACCACCCCCACCAUCCCCAUCACCGCCUCCUCCAUAUGUUUACAAGUCCCCACCUCCUCCAUCGCCAUCUCCUCCACCUCCUUACAUUUAUAAGUCACCACCCCCACCAUCCCCAUCACCGCCUACUCCAUAUGUUUACAAGUCCCCACCUCCUCCAUCACCUUCUCCUCCACCAACUUACGUUUACAAAUCACCACCCCCACCAUCACCAUCACCACCUCCUCCAUAUGUCUACAAGUCACCACCUCCUCCAUCACCAUCUCCUCCGCCACCCUACAUUUAUAAGUCACCACCCCCACCAUCGCCAUCACCGCCUCCUCCAUAUGUCUACAAGUCACCACCUCCUCCAUCACCUUCUCCUCCACCACCUUAUGUUUACAAAUCACCACCCCCACCAUCACCAUCACCACCUCCUCCAUAUGUCUACAAGUCACCACCUCCUCCAUCACCAUCUCCUCCACCACCCUACGUUUAUAAGUCACCACCCCCACCAUCGCCAUCACCUCCUCCUCCAUAUGUCUACAAGUCACCACCUCCUCCAUCGCCAUCUCCUCCUCCACCUUACGUUUACAAAUCACCACCCCCACCAUCGCCAUCACCGCCUCCUCCAUAUGUUUACAAGUCACCACCUCCUCCAUCACCAUCUCCUCCUCCACCUUACAUUUACAAAUCACCACCUCCACCAUCACUAUCACCACCUCCUCCAUAUGUUUACAAGUCACCACCUCCUCCAUCACCAUCUCCUCCACCACCUUAUGUUUACAAAUCACCACCCCCACCAUCACCAUCACCUCCUCCUCCAUAUGUUUACAAGUCCCCACCUCCUCCAUCACCUUCUCCUCCUCCACCUUACCUUUACAAAUCCCCACCCCCACCAUCACCAUCACCACCUCCUCCAUAUGUUUACAAGUCACCACCUCCUCCAUCACCAUCUCCUCCACCACCCUACGUUUAUAAGUCACCACCCCCACCAUCACCACCACCGCCUCCUCCAUAUGUUUAUAAGUCACCACCUCCUCCAUCACCACCUCCUCCACCUCCUUACAUCUAUAAAUCACCACCACCACCAUCUCCGUCACCUCCUCCACCGUACGUCUACAAGUCGCCUCCACCUCCAUCACCAUCACCUCCUCCGCCAUAUGUCUACAAGUCGCCUCCACCUCCAUCACCUUCCCCUCCACCUCCUUACAUCUAUAAAUCACCACCACCCCCAUCUCCAUCACCUCCUCCUCCAUAUAUCUACAAGUCACCGCCACCUCCAUCACCUCCACCUCUUUACAUUUACAGUUCACCCCCACCACCAAAAGGCUAUUAAGUUUAUAUUCAACCUCUGAUCUGAAUGGGUAUCAUUGCAAGAAGAAUUACUUCCCUUGGAUGUUAUAAAAAAUUUUAGCUUUGUAUUUUUCAGAAAUUUGUCUUUAAUUUGCGUACAAUAAGUUUCUGUAUUGGGGAUCUUUUAUGAUCUUUAAAUAUGAAACACACAUUGUUCCAUUUUCCAUACGCAAUGUAAGCAAGAAAUUCAAGUUAUGAAUGGAAUUCUAUGUAUUACUAUUUCUAUUGAAUGACAAAAUGUUGUCGUUGUUAUUCUA